AUGAGAACAACAACCACCCUCUGGUUCUUCCUCAUACUACUGCUCGGAUUCUUGUCAUUUGCGGAAUGUGGAUUUGGCGGUGGAUGGGGUAACGGUGGAUGGGGCGGAGGAUGGGGUGGAUGGGGCGGCGGAUGGGGAGGUGGAUGGGGCGGAUGGGGAGGUUGGGGCGGACCUGGUUGGGGAGGAUGGGGCGGUGAUGGCUGGGGCGGAUGGGGUGGAUCCGGAUGGGGUUGGGGAGGCGGAUGGAAGAAGUGA